AGGCUAAAUUAAUAGAAAAAAAAUUAUCGAUUACCAAAAAAAAAAAAAAAAUUGAUAACUUUACGAUCGAAUGAUCCAUUUUCUUGAAUGGAUCCAUUUACAAUUAUUAUAUUAUUUGAUGACUACUAUGUCGAUUGAAACAAAUUCUACAACAACUUCAAACAUAACAUCAUUUCAAGAAGAAGUAAUAAAUGAAGAUGAAAAUCCAAUAGAAACAUCUCGAUCAUCAUUGAAUCCGAUUGAUUCAUCAUCACCAAAACUUUGUCCAGAUGAUCAUGAUGAUCUGGAUCGAAAUGAAACUAUUUACAUAGAAUCUGAUAAACAGAACAUCAACAGCGAUAAUGAUAUUGAUGAUCGGAAAAAUAAAGAUGAAGAAUUGGUUGUUCAAUCAUUCGAAAGUAAAUUAUCCAUUCAAAGUAAUAAUGAUAACGAGACGACCACCAACAUUAUUUCAUCGAAUGAUUGGAAUUUGAAAACAUUUUUAAAUGAACAUUCUAUUCAUCAUAAUGAUAUCGAUGUAUUGAUUAUGAGUGAAGCAGGCAAACCAAUCUAUUGUUAUUCAGGACGAAAAGAUGUAACAACAUUGAUGGGUGUAUGUGUUGCAUUGAUAAAUUAUGUAAUUAAAACACAGAAUGAUCAACUUAAAACUAUUCGAACGAACAAUGAUUUGAAUAUAAAUUUUGCUAUACGAUCACCAUUGGUUAUUGUUGUCGUUUGUCGACAGUUAACAUGUUUUGAUGAAUAUACAUUGAUCAAUCAGAUUCAUGCACAGAUUAUAUCAACAAUAACAUUGAAAAAAUUAAAAUCUAUCUUUCAACAAGCACCAACUUAUGACCUCAAACGAAUCAUUCAUAAGAAUGAUUUCAAAACACUUGACAUUUUGGUGAAAUCCAUUACGACACCGAUAACGGAAUUAUUUCCUACAUAUAAAAAUAAACGUUAUAAAUUAAUGGGUGGUAGAAUUUUCAAUAAUGUCAUCUCAUUUUAUACUUCAUCAUUGAAUUCGAUUCCUCGUUCUUCUACAUCAUCAUCAUCUAAUUCCAAUCUAAAUAAUAAUAAUAAUAAUACAAAUUCUUCAUCAUCAUUAAUAUUUCUUUAUGAUCAUAAACCAAAUGUUUUAAGCCGUGUUUAUGUUCCAAUAGCAAUAAUGAAUCCAAAUAUUCGUGAACAGAUCAAUAUGAUUAUUAAUCAAUCGGUUGCAACUAAUAAUGAUAUUGUAUUCACCAUAUUAUUUCAUAUUGAAGAUGAUGAACAAUUGGAUGGUAGUGGUGGUGGUGGUGGUGGUGGUGGUGGUGUUGGUAAUGUUCAAUGUUUACCGAUUGAUUUAGAUUCUCAUAUUCAAUGGAAUCAUUUUAAUCCAAAUAUCUCAAGUGAUUAUGAUGAUGAUGAUGAUGAUGAGGACGAAGAUAAUGAUGAUGAAAAUGAUUCUACAACAAAUGAUCUUUAUGAAAGUUUUGAAUCAUCAACAAAAGAAAAUUAUCAAAAAUCAGAUAAUCAUUUGGAACAACAACAGCAACAGCAACAACAAUCAUCAUCAUCAUCAUCAAUAAAUAGAAUGACAAAAAAUUUGAAAUUAAUUUCUGUUUGUAAUCAUACAAACAAAUUUCGUAUCAAUCCAUUGGAUAUCCAGCUAUUAUAUGCAUUGAUAAAAGCUUCAGAUAGUUUACUUAGUUCAACGGAAACACUGUGGAUACCAUUAUGUUUAAGUCGUGUUGAUGCUAAUCGUUUUCUUCAUGCACAUGUAUCAUAUCUAAGUAAAAAAUAUUGUCUUAUCAUUCUCGAUGUUGAUCAUAAUAAUUUUGAAAAAUGUCGUCAGGUAAAAGAGACAAUCAAUUUUAAAUUGGAUCAAAUUCGUCUUACCGAACCAAUGAUUGGAUUAGGAUCAAAUAUAACCGAAUUGGGACAACCACAUUUACAAUAUUUAUGUCAUCAAACACCAAAACAUUGUAUUGUAUGGCAAUCAAGUAUACAAACAGAAUUUUCAUCACUAAAUUAUUAUCUAAUUGAACGUAUGCAACGAUCAUCAUUGAAAACAUUAUGGUUACGUAGUAUGAAAGAACAAUGUUCAUUAUUAGGAUGGCAAACAGCAACUUUUCAGCUAUAUGCACAAUUCGAUGGAUUCGUUACAAAACAAUCGGCAUUAGAAACUGUUGAUACAUUUAUCAAAUGGUUUAAAAAAGAAGAAGAUAAAUUGAUUAUUAAAGAUUGAAUUCUUUAUGUAAUCUUCUAUAUUGUUUUUUUUUUUUUUGUUUUGAAAUCUGUACAAAAAAAAGUACUAAUGUUUGUAAUCUGUGAAUCUUUUUUAUUAUUAUUAUUAUUUACAAGCUAGCCUAGAUUAGCUAGAUUGCUGAUUUCAAUUUUAAUUUUUAUAAUAAAAAUUUUCAUCAUUUA